AGUGCUUUAGUUCAACACACACACACACUCCGGCUCCAUGCCCUUCACACACACACACACACACACACACACACACACUCCGGCUCCAUGCCUUUCACACACACAACUCUCUCCGCUCACUUUCGCCUUUUCGUUAAUAGAAACGUAUCUCAUGAGGAUUAUUUUUGAACUUUUUUUUAGCUUUUUUUCUAUUUUUCGGAUUAUUAUUCUUAUUAUUUCCUCUUUAUUCCUCCAGGGACUGGGUAUAAGCAGUAAACUUUGGUGAGUGAACCUUUGUGUCUUUACUUUGCAUCAUGGACAAAAUGAGCAUUGAGAAGUGAUUUCUUCACUCAAGACAGUUUUACGAUAUUUUAGCGAACUUUGAGUUGACUUUAGUUUGCACUUUAAAUCCAUGGAAAUGGACAAAUACGAAGAUUUGGGGCUCGAAGCGAGCAAAUUUAUCGAAGACCUGAAUAUGUACGAGGCGUCUAAAGACGGACUGUUCCGCAUGAAGAGGGACGCAGGAAAUAACCCGGACUUUGAGGAAACCAGGAGAGUCUUCGCCUCCAAAAUGACCAAAAUUCACAUGCAGAAGCAUCACGAAGACAUGACGAGAAACAACCUGGCGGAAAGGAUAAACGGUGGACAUGUCAAAGUAGCAGAUGACAGAUUUUACACCAAAGACAGACCGCCUAUCAGUAGCUCCAGACAUGAAGCUGCAUCUAAACCACCCAUUCUCUCAGGACCGACCAUAUGCUAUGAAGGACAGAAACAUUAUCCAGCCAGCCCACAUGAUGGCAGGGAUUUUGUCUAUGGAAGCAAUAAUGACAAUAAAGACCUUUCACGCUCGUGCCAUAAUCCAUCUGUGGAACCUGGAAACUCUUAUCCACAAUCUGUGUCUCUUCCUGCCAAUCUUUAUGGCACUUGGUCAUCAAAGAACAAUCCUCAGUGCCAGAUCUCAUCACCUACCCUUAGCUUGAGUUCAAAUUCAACUGAAACUAGUAUGAACCAUGGAGCAGCUCCUCAUCUGCGUCAGAACUCAACAAGCCAAUCUUUAACACCGACUGGGACACCUGAAUGGUUCCAUCCAUCAGCCACAGGUGCUCAUCGAGAACCAGAGUCUCACCUCAAGUCUUCUCCUUAUGUGAACCUUACUAAGCACUCAGAACCCAUCGUGCCUCAGAAGCCCUAUGGAGACCCACUUCGUAAUGGAGUUGCUCAGAACAUUGGGACGUGCUCUGCUGUUCAGCUGUCCCCACUAGCACCAAGCCAACCAGAAACACAUCAGCCUAAAGGUCAAGUGCUGUGCCACACUCAAGGCCAUAACAGUCCGACUGUUCCAGACAACUUAGUGAACCCUGUUGUAGAGCUGGCUCAGAGCGAUGCCCACAACCCUCCUCAGGCACUUAGACUUCCAUGCCAUGCUCUCUGUGUACAGCCCGAGCCUGGGCCAUCUGCAGCCGAAAUAAAAUUAGAAGCUCUGACUGAACGCCUGGAAAAGGAGAUGGAUGCCCAGCCUAAGGCUGACUACUUUGGCAGUUGUGUGAAAUGCAAUAAGGCUGUAUUUGGAGCCAAUCAAGCAUGCCAGGCCAUGGGUAACCUCUACCAUGACGGCUGUUUCACCUGUAGUGCCUGCAGUCGGAAGCUCAGGGGGAAAGCAUUUUACUAUGUCUCUGGGAAGGUGUUUUGCGAAGAGGAUUUUCUGUACUCUGGCUUUCAGCAGUCUGCUGACAAAUGCAAUGUAUGUGGCCACCUGAUCAUGGAUAUGAUCCUGCAGGCCCUGGGCAAGUCCUACCAUCCAGGAUGCUUCCGCUGUGUCAUCUGUAACGAGAGCUUAGAUGGAGUUCCUUUUACUGUGGACACAGAAAACAAGAUCUACUGUGUCAAAGACUACCACAGGGUUCUUGCUCCUAAGUGUGCAGCAUGCAGUCAGCCAAUUCUGCCCCCUGAGGGGUCUGAUGAAACCAUUCGAGUGGUAUCUAUGGACAAAGACUAUCAUGUAGAAUGCUACCAUUGUGAGGACUGUAAGAUGGAGCUGAAUGAUGAAGAAGGGCACCGCUGUUACCCACUAGAUGGCCACCUGCUGUGCCAUACAUGCCACCUUAAACACAUGGAGUCAAGCUGCCAGUCUGUCUGAGAUGAAGGAGACUGAGUUUUGGAUAUCUGCUGCCCCUUGUGGCUUCAGAUCAGUUGCAGUGUGGAAUUAAAGAAUAAACCUCACCUUACUUUUGGGUCACAGCUUUUUGUGUCUGUAUUGUUAUAGCCUAAUUAUUUUAUUUUACUAAUUUUAAAAGCUGUCCCUAAAUUUCCAGAUCCUUCUCAGUAUUUAGGGUUUUGUUCUAUUUUAGCCCCUAUGUUGUGUCUUUGACCAGAGUGAUGCAGGCUGGUUAGUCAUGAUGACCAAGAUAGAAAGUAAACUGGCUUGGAACAUUACAUUUUCUGUGUCCUGGUUCAGUUAUCUAUAGUAAUUAGUAAUCUAUAGUAUUAAAAAAAAAAGGUUGCAUUUAAUAAUUUCUAAAUGGAAAUUUCAGAAAAGAUGAAUAAAAUUGUUGGAUUUUUUUUUAACUCUAAUUUUACAGUGUGAAAAAAAAAUAACUUAUGGUAUGAAAGUAUGACUGAGUGACAAUGGAUUAUUGUGUAUUGAAUUACUCAUUUACAGGUCUGUUAUUUAUCUUUAUAAUCUUGUUACACAAAAUUAGCCUAUGAAAGUAAUGUCAUAUACUGUAUGUAUGUGUUUAAGAUAAUGCCCAAAAAACGGUUCUUAUUGAAAUACAUUAUGUUUUAGAAAAUGCGUCUCUGUUGUUGCAAAUUGAGUUUGGUUGUGUCAUUUUAUAAUGCACAAACAACACAUAAUACAUUAAAAAAAAACAUCCCAGAUUUGAUGUGAAAGAUGUACUGUAAAACACGAUUUUCAUUAAUCAGAGAGAACUUCAUUGGAAAAUUUGUUGAUUAUUAAAGCAAUGCAUAACUGA